AUGAUCCGGCGAGCGCUGUUUCCGGCAGCGAUUCCAGGCCGCUGGACGGCCCUACGUGCAGUCUCUACGACCCGAAUCCACAGAGCCCAACUCACCACCGCAUCACAUGCUUCCUGUCUGGAGACCGGUCAUAUCGAAUUGCGCCAUGACGAGGGACUCCUUUUCGUCAAUAACAUCUUUCCAUCUAAACUGCAGUGGAUCCUGCAAGGCCCCCUACAAGGUAAUCGGUCCUACGAAGAAGCGCUCAAGCGCAUCGACCGGCCGCAUCUCGCCGCCUCCGACCCUCUGCGGAUCAUCAACCGCAUCUUCCCAAAAGCCCUUGAUCUAAAAAUACAGGAAGUCGUCCCCCGUUUCCGCGAAGGCGGUGCCUUUGUCCGAUACGCCCGCCAGACCGGGGUCUCCGACUCCGACGUGGAAGCCGCCAUACGCGAGAAUCUGGCGGCGCAUCCCAUUCGGCCGUGGUUCAACCCGUUUCAGGAGGUUUCCGUCGCUCGCGUCCUGGGAAGGCCCUGGAUCGAAGACUUGUAUCGCAUCCCAAGCCAACGACUGAAGGUGGAGUUCCAUCCGGCCUCCGCGGAUGGCGCGGCGGACAUUCUAACGACCGAGACGCUGUACUCCCUAUUCCGCAGCUAUGGCAAGCUCCGAGAUAUUGAAAAACAACCAGCCGACUCCAAGGUCAGCCCGCACUAUGCCUUUGUGGAGUUCACGCGCCCGCGGUAUGCCGUCAUGGCGAAGAACUGCAUGCACGGGUUCACGUGCUCGGAGAGCCAGGGCGGCGGCAAGUUUGGCACCCGGGUGAAGAUCAAGUAUGAGCGAAAGAUCAAGCUCUCGAUGAUCAAGGACUGGAUCUUGAACCAUCCGCGGAUUGUGAUCCCCGCCAUUGCGGCGCUCAUCGCCGCCAUCACGGUCACGGUCUUCGAUCCCAUCCGCACCUUCUUCAUCAAGCUCAAGAUCAAGGCCACCCUCCAGGCGGAGGAGAACACGGCGCUGAAGUGGAUCCGGAGACAGUUCGACAAGGCGAACAUCAUCGGGUUUGGGCACCGCGCUCCGGACCCGCGCGGACUGACGGCCAUCUGGGAGGAUCGUCAGGGUGAUAUCUCCCAGUUGCAGUCGUGGCUGACAGAGAAUGCGGAGACAUUUAUUGUUAUUCAGGGUCCUCGUGGCUCGGGGAAGCGAGAGCUCGUGAUGAAUCAGGCGCUCGCGCCGUACAAAUACAAGGUCGUCAUCGACUGCAAGCAGAUCCAGGAUGCGCGGGGCGAUACGGCCAAGAUCGCCCGCGCCGCCAGUCAGGUCGGCUAUCGUCCGGUAUUUUCGUGGAUGAACAGCAUCAGCAGUUUCGUCGAUCUGGCCGCACAGGGCAUGAUUGGCACCAAGGCUGGGUUCUCGGAGACGCUGGAUGCGCAGCUGAGCAAUAUCUGGCAGAACACCGCGACGGCUCUGAAGCAGAUCACGUUGGAGAACCGGAGGAAGAGUGAUAAAGAUGCGAGUUUGACUGACGAGGAGUAUCUGGAGGCCCACCCCGAGCAACGACCGGUGGUCAUCAUCGACAACUUCCUGCACAAUGCGUCCGAGGAUAAUGUGGUUUACGAGAAGAUCACCGAGUGGGCAGCGGGUCUGACGACCGGAAAUAUCGCUCAUGUGAUUUUCCUGACGACCGAUGUUUCUUUCGCCAAACCGCUCAGCAAAGCCUUGCCCAACGCGGUCUUCCGGACAAUCUCUCUGGGCGACUGUUCCUUGGAUGUGGCUCGACGGUUUGUCCUCAGCCAUCUCGCUGGCGAGUCGAAGGGUGAAGAUCAACAGGCGGAAAAGAGAGGAGAUCUGGCUGGUCUGGACAGUUGUAUCGAGAUUCUCGGCGGUCGUGUGACUGAUCUUGAAUUCAUGGCCCAUCGUAUCGAAGCUGGCGAAACACCAGAAGCGGCGGUAAACCGGAUAAUCGAGCAGUCCGCAUCGGAAAUCCUGAAAAUGUUCAUCCUCGACGGAGGCGCUUCAUCUACUGCAUGGACGCACGAACAAGCCUGGCAUCUGAUCAAGACCCUGGCAAAGGCAAAGCACGGCUCGAUACCUUACAACCAGGUCCUUCUCUCGGAUCUGUUCAAGGAGAAUGGCGAGGCCACCCUCCGCGCACUGGAACAAGCCGAACUGAUUUCCAUCGUCUCCACCAACGGAUGCCCUGAGGCUGUCAAGCCCGGGAAACCGGUCUACCGCACGGUAUUCAAACGCCUGACAGAGAACAAGACGCUCAGCAGUCGUUUGGACCUGGAGAUCUUGUCUCAGCUGAUUGCCAAAGAAAACAAGAGCAUUGGAAAACAUGAGGAGGAGCUGCGUCUGCUGGGCGGCCUGCCCAAGCAACCGUAUGAGCUGCGGUGGCGCAUUCAGUGGCUGUUGGAUAAGGUAUACAAGUCACAGAACAAAAUCCGUCAGUAUGAGAGCGAGAGUGCAGUGCUGCAGAAGCUACUACGCUCGUUAUCACUUGUUGGAUGGCUAGAUCCUCGUCACACUGUGGCUGACAGCCCACUGCGCUAUGCCUGCUGGACGAAAAGGAGUUGGUCUUCUAGCGUAGCGGUCAAAGUCUCAACAUCCUACACCUGCGAUGGACAGGAAACACUUUCACAAGCGGAUACGGAAGCUCGACUUUUCGCCGAUGUCCAUGGAUUUCAUGACGACAUUGACAAGGUUGUCGCUCUCAUCAACCAAAACCCAAGUCAAUACGGGCAAUUCCUUAAAGGAAUCCAAAAGAUCAAGGAUUCCGGACGGUUGGACAUGAACAAAGAUCAGCUCCGUCUUUACAAUAAACAGCGGCGCGAGCUGAUCGAUCGCGUCAUGGCAGAUGUCCAAGUCGUCGUCACCUUGCCCUUCAAUGUGAAGGAGAUACUGCGGCGCAAUUUCAACCCGCAAUUCGUCAUAUUUAACGAAGCGAGCUUUUUCCGUGACCCAGAUCUCUUCCAUGGUCUUGGACAGCUGAGGGAAGAUGUCCGUGUCCUUCUAGUGGGUGACCACAAGCAGUUGUCACCCCCUGUUUUUACACCAGCCGGGGAAGCAGCCUGGUCCAAAUCGGCGUUCGAGCGUCUGAUUGAGAAAGGGUAUUAUCAAACCCUUCUCAACAUCUCUUACCGGUCCUAUAAGGACCUGUAUGAGCCGACCUCGGUGGCCUACUACGAGGGCAAGGUUGAUACCUUCCGGAAUCAACCAAGCGGAGACCUGAAUAUCACCGCAAAUCCGCUGAGAGUCCGACUGGCGGAUAAGACAUGCACUCUGCGGGGGCUCUCCCACUUCCUCCAUCUGCCUCCGUGUCGUGCGCCUUCACGCCGGUACGCCGAAGCCCGAUUCCGUCCAAAGGGCGUCCGCCACCCCGCCAGAUUAUCGCUGUGUCUGUUGCGAGAAACUGGGCAGACGAUGAGGCCCAAGGCUAAGAAAUAUCAGCGAAGACAGCCCCCUAGAUUGUUUUGGAACGUGACACCAACCUGA